AUUCGCCGGUUUAGACCAAGUUACGAACGAACCGUUGAGCAAGCAACAUGCAGUUCCACCUCAUCGCCAUCCUGCUGGCCUCCGUGGCCAUUGGCUCCUGCCUCGCCAAUCCCAGCCUCAUCUCUGGACCCUCCAGGAUGAUGGAGAUAAUGAGGGCCACUAGUGAAAAUCAACGGAAUAACCCACAGUUGGCGGCGGCCUGCUUCGCCUACUACAAUGACGUCUUCAACUCCGACUACGCUGCGUACGAGGUGGAGUACAACCAGUGCCAUGACAAGUUCAAUGGGGGCCGCGAGGAGGUCCUGGAGCGGUACGAUCCUGUCGUCUGGGAUCUAAGCAACUCCACCUUCGACUCGUGCAUGUACCUGCUCGACUGCGAUAAUCACAAUAACAGUCAGAAUGCGCUCAACUGCUAUGCCAGUGACGGACCAAAAAUGUCUAAGGUGUUGACCAGUGUGGCCUCCAAUGCUUCGAAUUUCUAUGGAGCCCUGGUGCAGGAGGUCGAGCAGCUCAGCUAUACACGUGAUCUGUGCUGCAACACCACGGCCAGGAACUACGAGAUCCGCUCCGGGGACUCCUACGAGGCCUUCCAGAGUUGUCUGGCUGGUCUGACUCCAGUACCGGAGAAACCCACCAUCCCCCCGAGCACCAUCACCCCGAGCACCACCACCCCCAGCACCACCACCUCGAGCACCACCAGCGUGCCAACCACCACAACCACAUCCCUUCCAGCGGUAGUUGUAACCAAUGAGAUAACGACAACCAACCUCCCACCUACAAUCUUACCCUCGACCAUUUCCCAUUUCGGAGCCGAUGAAAGCAACAGUGCCAACAGCAAGCACCGAUGGGGAAACAAACUGAGCAAUAUUUUCAAGCAUAUUGGCUAAGACUAGAGAAACUUGUAAAUAAAGAGCAUUUAUCUAAAAAUA